CGCGUCGCGCCACAGCUGUGUUUAUACCUGAUCAGCUGGCAGGCUAUUCACAUCACUCGCUCUGUCACUGAAUAAACUGAUGGCUUUAAAAAGCUCGGGAACAACGUGUGCCGUUCGAGGAUGUACUAACAACCAGACGAAACUAAAUAAUUGGUUGAAAUCGGAGUGUUUUGACCGCAAGCCGAAAAAUAAAGCAGAGUGUUCGUGCCCGAAAUGGUACAGCUUCCAUCGACUGCCCAAUGAUGAAGAGGCUAAAAGAAAUUGGCUGAAGAACCUGAACUUAAAACAACCUCCGAAAUGUUUUUAUGUCUGUUCGUUUCAUUUUGUGGACAAAGCGCCAACGGAAGAAAACCCUUACCCAAUGCUUUAUCUUGGUUAUGAGAAGCCACCUGAGAAGAAACGCCGAAGAGUCGUCAGGAUGAGUGUUGACAGUCAAGUCGCAACAACAACAACAGACCAAGCUGUGAUGGUGUUCGAGCAGCCUCAAACCUUCAAGGAUGCCCAAACACAGUGGAUGGAUCCAGCUGAGGAGGACCAUACCUACUCUAAAGGAUCCAUCCUUAUAUGUGACAUGAUCAUCACACCUGCCCCUGAGAUCUCACUGUCCAUUGCAGAGGUUACACUGAAAGGUGAUAAAGACUGUCUGCUGUACACAGGGAUUCCUCUACUUGUGUUCAACACUCUUGUCUCCUGUCUACAAGGUUUUGUGCGCCAGUCAUCAACAAUGCCAGCUCAAGAUGAAGUUUUGUUAACACUCAUGAAGCUCAGACAUAACUUUGCUGUAGCUGAUUUAGCGAGGCGCUUUAAAAGAUCAGCCAGUCAGGUCAGUAAAACACUUACGCAUUGGGUUGAUAUCCUUGCUGAGCACACCAGGGACCUCAUUCCAUGGCUGCCCCGUGACACUAUAAAAGCAACUAUGCCAAAGGUUUUUCUGCCACAUUUCUCUGAUUUAACUUGCAUCAUUGACUGCACAGAGUGUUCUGCAAAAAGCCAAAAACUUAGACUCGCGCUCAGAGUCUUAUAGCCAUUACUAUGCAAGUAACACUGUUAAGUUCCUUGCCAUUGCUCCAUCAGGGAUGCUGAUGUUUAUUUCAGAGGCUUUUGGUGGGAAGUGUAGUGACAGGUAUAUUACACAGAACUCAGGGUUUCUUGAUUUUUUACGUCCUGGUGAUGUGGUGAUGGGGGGCCGUGGGUUCACAAUUAGAGAUCUUGUUGAGGAGAGGAGGGUAAGGCUAGUCAUACCUGCGUUUACACGCAAACGCAGCCAGCUAACCAAUGAGCAAGUGACUCAGAUGAGACGGAUAGCAAAUGUACGCAUUCAUGUGGAACGGGCUAUAAGGCGUCUCAAAGUGUUCAAGAUCCUGUCACAAACCGUGCCAAUAAGCUUAGUUCCUAAAAUUGAUAAAAUACUUGAGAUUUGUGCAGCUCUCAUAAAUCUGAGAGGAGAGCUUAUCUCCAGCAAUUAAUAUCUUACAUAUUAUUAAACAACAUCUUGUAUAUUUAUGAAUUACAUUUAUUUAUUCCUAUUUUUUUAUACAUACACAUUUAUUUAUAGAGAGAAACAUACAUACAUAGAUGCAUAUAUAUAUAUUGUACAGAGAUAGAUGCAGAGAGAUACACACACAGAUUCAUACAUAGUAUUAAGAUGGAUACAGAGAACAGUGUAGAUACUUUAUAAAUUUAGAAAAAAUAGACAGGAUAAUUCUAGAGAUAAUUACAUAUAUGCAAAGAUGAAAAAGGUCACUCCUGAAUCACAUUCAUCACAUUGUUGAAAUGGGGUUAAUGUCAUAUUCUUUUUACAAUAGAACACAAAAAAUGUAUUUGUACAUAUAUUCCACCUGUCUCUCUCUCUCUGGGCGUACCACACUGCCAGGCGAUCACACAGAUCCUGCCUGUCCUUACCUAGCCCUAGCUCCUCUUCGAACUCCAACCUCCCCACAUGUCUGUUGGCUAGCCCUUUUAAGCUAGAGCACCCCUGCCUAACGAUCCCCAGGCUUGCCUCGUUAGAGGGAGGAAGACCAUAUAUGGCUUGGGGGUGGAGCCAGCAGGUUGCCAGACCUAUCACUCCCCUCACUCCUCCCUGGCGUCUGCCACAAUAUAUACAAUAUAUAUUAAGUUUUAUUUAUACUUCAAAUGUAUUUGAACCAUUGUUUUGUUAUUUUUGCAUCUCACAGAGUGAGACUUAUUGCCAACUGAUAUGUCGUUUAAUUACAAAACUGUUUGAGGUACUUGGGGCAGAGAUGUAGUUUAUUUUCUCCAAAAUCAUCAGCCAACCUAGGAAGCAUAUGUAGAAAAUAAAAAUGUUCCAGUUGCUCUACUUGUUUGUCAGUGUAAUCUUUGUCAAAUGGAAUUUCCAAUUCUAAAUGUUCCUUUUGUGUCCAGAUAACCAAUGUGCAUCUUUGUAGACCAAGGCACAUCAUAGCCACCUGUGUCUAAAAUAAUAGAAAAAACAUUUAAAUUGGCACCAAAUAAUGAAUAUUAGUUCACAUUAUAUUGUUUAUCUCUUGUAAUCGGCUAAUGCAGCUAGUAUUUCUUGCCAUUAAAAACAACCCUGCUUACCUGAAGGUAGUAUCCAGCUCUUCCAUUUGGCAAAACGAGGUACUUUCCAUCAUCCAAGAUUUUGAUGUCACCGUUUGGCCGGGUGAGAAA